GGCCAACAUUAGGCGGCUGCAGCUUGACGAGGCCGAUCAUUACACGACAGAGUCGGUUGCAUCGACACACCCACAGGCAGACUUUGCCAACAGAUAGUCAAUUUAACUAAUGCCACAGCUGCACACAGUAUCGUAGACACUGUUUCUACUUGAUUCGAACCCAGACAUAUCACGGUGACGCGAAACGCUUGGGAAGCAGCUCCGUUCAAGUGUCGUGUGCCUGCUUACCAAACACAUCCAUCGACGACAGGUCGUGGCGCAGAGGUGAACUCGAGUGUCUCGACUACAACCGACCCAAAUGUGGCGAGGAAUCCACUGAAGACAGCCUUCACCACGAUGGCCGCCGACCAUAUUCACGGCCCUCAGCAUGACCGUGUGUCUGGUCUACUGAACGGCCACCUCCACGGCAACCACGAGGCAAACGGCGCACUAUCAAGAGCAACGUCGCCAGGUGGGGGACAAGAUCGCAAAGAUGACGGCGACGCAGAUGCAGGCUUCGACAUCACGAAGCUUGGUCGGACGAGGCCACGAGUGUUUCCUUAUACGAAGUACCUACCGUACGACACGGAGAGCCGAGAGCAGACCGAGGCGGACAUGGAUGAGAUGAUCAAGCAUCUGUACAUCGCGGUUGCGUCAGGGGACUUCGUGCCGGGCGCCGUGCACUGGACAAAAGAAAUCAGAGGCUGGAUGAGCUUGAAGUUCGACCUCACCCGGAAACAGCGAUCCAGCCUGGUUAAGCUGUACUACGAGCUAAGUCUGGCGCCAGGUCUGGAAUACUCGAUAUCAGAGAGGUUCGCGAGCAUGUUCAUGGUCCUCACCAAGCGGAAGCACUACCUCCGGCCCGGUAAGGAUCUGGUCUUGGACUGGCGACCGCUUUACAAAGAGCUCAAAGUGUUCGUGCUGCCCUCGGAAAGUAGUACGCAGAACACGUACAGCUCUAAGAGAAAUCACCGGACGCUGACCAAGCUCUGCACUUUCGCACAACUGUUCUUCGACCCCAAAGAGAUCCCAGCUAUGCUCGAAGAGUUCCUGCCUUUCUACAGCAUGUCUUUCUCCGAGCAUGCCUUCGUGGUCCUUGGUCUGCUCAAUCUCAUGCUGCCAACCGCGGCGCCACCUGCGGAUGACCCAAAGCUGCAGCCGCAGUAUUACCUUCCAACAUUCUUCCAUCUCUGGUCCACCGUCAAUAGAAGUAUGAUGGUAGAUAUGCGCAUGCUGGACAUCUUCUCCCGGCAGGCCAGAGAUUGCCUGGGCUCAGAGCAUGUACCGUUCGGAGCCUGCGGUCUCUUUACUGAGGAGCAGUCAUCCCUCGUCUACACAGCUGUGCUGAGAUUGUUGGAAAUACCGGUCGGACAAGCCACGACACCUUACAGUGGAACGGUCGAUGUUGGCGCUGGCACCGCUCUCCUGCUUGAGCGCGACCCCAGAAAGCACCCCAUAUCCCAUAGCAUCGCACGCUGGAUCAUCAUGUCGCUGUCGCCGAAGUGCCUAGAGGUGACGGACCGUAAAUCCAUGCUACACCAGCUGGAGGCACUAAUACAAGGCAUCGAAACCUUCUUCCACCCGUCCAACUCCGGCACAUGGACAAAGCCGUUGGCGCAGCUGAUCUACUAUCUAUCGGACUUUUUCGUUAUGCGUUGGAACCGCGAACAGAGCGGCGAGUACGAAAUCCCCGAAGAUCGAAAGCUGAACGACGAAGUCAAACGCCGCUUCGUGCUAUGUUUGCGCGAUGUUGUGUUCAUGGGCAUCUAUGCGAAGAGUGGCACUGCGAUGAACUAUAGCCUUAGCACGCUGCAAAGUCUGGCGUAUUUGGAGCCAAACCUUAUCCUGCCUGGUGCUCUACAGCGCAUCUACCCGGCGAUGCAAGGCUUGGUCGAGGUUCACCGAACGAUAUCAUCCAUUCGUGCUUUGCAGAUGCUGAGCAAGAUAAUCGCAAAGACGAAGGGCUUCCGAUGCCAUCUCACGACGCUGUUGGGCUUGGCGCUCCCUGGUGUAGACGCAAACGAUCUGGACAAGACACUGCACAGUUUGGCUUUCAUACAAAGUGUAUGCUACAAUAUCCCACUACAUGACCUUACCAAGACGCCUAAGAUGGAGCGGAGUGAGCUGAACGGCGACUAUGAGAUGGUAGAGGCCGACACUACAGCGGUUGACAGCGCAGGCACCGCACUAGCUGUCGACUGGAUUAGUGGUCAGCUUGCUCGGUUCGAGCAGGAAGGUCCAGGAAUUGAAAUUGAUUACAUGGCUGAAAUGUCCGAAGAAGACGAAGAAGCAAUCCUCAAGUCUUCAACCGCCGGCUUCGCGGAGUUCAUCAUCACAUUCAUGGGCAGAGUCUUCACGCUCUUGCAGAACCUGCCAGAUGCUGCGCGCGUUAAGAGUGGAUCUCCAGAAGAGAACGUCGUCAACACGCUGCCUGCUGCCUUCUCUCCGCUAUUGGCUAGUCUGAGUCCGGAGCUGUACGAUAUCGCGCUCGAGCAGGUCGCCAAGUUCGCAAGCAACCAUGUUGUUCAUCAGGCUAGAGACGCCAUGGCAUUCAUUUGCAACGCUCUAGUCAAGGUUAACCCGAAGAAGGCCCUUCGUCGCUUGUUGCCAGAGCUGAUGAGCAGCAUCCGGACCGAAAUCACAGAAAACGCGGCGGGCAGCACACGAACUACUGGAAGUGAAAUUCUGCCCCGUGAUAGGGCUUUGGUGUGGCAUGUCAGCUUGCUCAGCAUGUGUGUGGUGCAUGUCGGCAAGGAUGUGCUGGAAUACCGGGAUGAGCUGUUCGAGCUCGCAAACUUCAUGCAGGAUCAUUGCAAGGGCAUACCCCUGGUGCAUGUGAGCAACUUUGUGCACCACUUGUUACUGAACUUGACGGUUACGUACACCCAGGAUUACAGUUUGUACGACCAAGCGGAGCUUGAGCGUGGUCUUACGUCCCAAAGCUGGGGCAGAACGGUCGACCCCUCGAACUUGGACAUCCGAUGGCACAACCCAUGCCAGGAUGAACUGGAGUUUGCCGUCAAGGUCGCUGAGGCACAGAGUGGAAGAGCGCUGAAGGCGUUGAAAGAGCUUAUCUCGAACCAAGCACCUAUCAAGCGAGAUGGAGUCGGCAAGGACUGGUCCGACGAAGUCAGCAGAAACCUGGUAUUGCUCAGACUCGUCAUCUCGGGCAUAUGUCGCCUGUUCCGCUCAGACGACGGUACAAUUACACCGUACACCUUCAUCGACACCGAAGCAAACGGUGGUAUCAUCGAGUCGGAGAAACACGAGGACGAUGCGUUCGACAAUGCAGUGGAUCUCGGCGAGCCGGACGAUGACAAGAUCAAGCGUUCCUUCCAGUACUCUACCGGCUACCCGCUGGAGAUUGGCAGCCCCACGUAUGAAACUGUGCACGAGCUGAGGAAGACCGUCGGCGAGACUCUACAUAAAGUGCACGCCUUCCUAGUGAAGAAUCAAGAAGACGACGUUCCGUGUUUCAAUGCACUCUACACGGCUUAUCGGAGCUGGUUCGUGGAUAUCGGCAUUGAGCGCUCGGCACAUGUUCUUGACCGUUUGAUGCGCUUGCUGAGCGCAGAUUGUCACCCAUUCAAAUUCAGUGGUACACGCAAACAGUACCCCCGGCCACUGCUAGUCAGGCGAGCGAACCUCUACCAUUUCCAGAGACUGCGUUUCAACGAGCAUCCACGCGCCGCAAGCGAGCUGGACAAGACUCUGCUGCUGGACCUGGCGCAUUCGUCGACCUCAGUGUAUACGGACAUUCGGCGAACAGCGCAGUCAGCGGGCGAGCAAGCAGUCAAGAGCAUUAUAGGCGCCAAGCCGCUCAUUAUACCGCCGUUGCUAGAUGCACUGGAAGGUGCGCUAAGGAAGAACGACCAUCCGCGCAUCAAAGGUGCGGUGUACUCACUGCUAUUCGGCAGUCUUGCGAAGCCAAUCUCUCGGAAUUGGAAGUUCGCGCCACGAAUGAUCAAGCUCUUCAUACAGGUCUCUGAAGCCGACAGACCAAGCAUACAGAAGCUGGUGGUGAAUAGCAGCUUCACCAUACAAGACAUGACAAAGGCUAUGGAUCGUAUGGUCAUUCUGGACGAAGACACUUUAAGAGCAAUCUGGCCGGAUCGGAGCGAGUCCACCGAUGGUCAAAGGCGGACGAGGACCAUCGCGCACACGCUGGAAGAGGCGCAGAGCUUCGUGCCGCCAAAGAAGGCAAAGAUUCAGAGCAGGAGAGCUGUGAUCGAGAAGCGCAAGACAGAGCUCGCUCAGGAGCUGAUCGAGCAAGUUAGGCAUUCGCACUGGAAGAAGGCGAGCCGAACGGCAGUUAUGGUGAUCGGAUUGGACUAUCGCUUCGAGACGGUGUCAAGCCUAGGCAUGACUGAGCUUGUGGUCAAGGGUGUCAUCGAUCCGCAUCCGGCGUUGAGGACGCUGUAUGCACAAUCCCUCAACGCAAUAUACAGUCUCGCACAAACGAGAGCGCUGGUCGGUCACAAGUAUGAGAAUUACCUGCUGGACGCGCAGCUUGACCCCGACGAGGUGUCGGUACCCACCCACCGAGAAGACCCAGACUGGACGCAGCGCUUCCUUGAGGGUUUCGCAAAGCCUGAAGCCGAAGCUUACAUCGAUGCGGACUACCCAGGUUGGCUUGUCUGGCAGAAAACGAUGCGUGGCGCGCAUGUAGGACCGAGCAGACUUGAGUACGAUGAGGUAGAGCAAGCUGUGCGCAAGACCAUUGGCUCGCAUAUCGACCGACACUGGCUGUCGACGUAUUUCGGUUACAUGAAGCAAGAACCGCGAGAUCAGAGCGCGGACCGCUUUCGAAUGUCCAGCUCGAUGAUUGUCGCAUAUGCGAUGGAUCUCAUGGCCAGUGGCUUGACCAAGGCAACGUGGGAUGACUUCAAGGACUUGACUCAGGCUGUGUACGGUGACGGUACGGAUAAGCAUCAGCAUCGAGUCAUGGCCGAGAUCGUUGGUGCUAUGGUCAGCAGCGCAGAGGACUUCGAUCCAGCUAUGAGAGAGAAAGUCUGGGAUUUCACCUUCCCGGUCGUGCGCCGCAUCAUCAGUGAUGGGUUAACGCCCGAGAACAGCGGAUACUGGUCCACCUUCGUCACGCUCGUGGUUGGAGGUAAGGACCCGCGACGAGCGUGGCCGUUGAUUGAUUGGCUUGCAGGCUUCAGGCUGGAUGUGUCCAGUCAUGCAGCCUUCAAAGAAAGCUCGAAGAUCACGCUGCUGAACCUCAUCGUUACGGCGCUGGGCUGGCACUUUCAGCUCGAGCGGCCUAUCGUCAACGACUUCCUUGAGCAUCUAGACCACCCGUAUAAGCAGGUCCGCGAGAUUAUGGGCACCACGUUAUCAACGAUCUUCCGAACGCGCUAUCACGAGAGUUACAAGGACGUGCCGACUCUGUUGGAAGAGCAGAAAGCGGCAGGCGCGCUCGGAACCAGGCCGUACAAGCCUACUGAGGAGUACUCCGGGAUAGUCAACAAUGUGCUUGAUCGUCUAGAGAAGUGGAGACUGGAGCGACCAGUGGGAACGCAAACUCCGACACCUUACACUCAGGCUUGCAAGACUGUGCUUCUGUGGCUCGACACCACGCUAAGCUCGUACGAUUGCACGGUACUUGUGCCAUUCUUCCCAAACACCUUCAUGACGCAGUUGCUGUACAUGAUGGAUAUUAAGGAAGAUCCUGAGCUGCAGUCCUUGGCGUACCACGUCUUCCGGCAUUUACCAAAUGUGCCACACCGGCCAGGCGAAGACGAGCCGUUCGUGCGCUCACUGAUCAAGAUUGGGAGAGAGUCAACAUCGUGGCAUCAGCGUCUGCGUGUGCUAAUCAACAUACAAGUUAUCUAUUUCCGGCAAUUGUUCUUAAUGCCUCAAGAGCAUGCGAGCGAUCUGAUGCGAUGCGUUCGAGACAUGUUGCACGACCCCCAGCUCGAGGUCCGCCUCGGCGCAGCCGCAACUCUCAGUGGUAUGGUCAGAUGUUCACCGCUGGACUUCCGCAAGCAGUUUAUCGCCGAUUUGAAAAAGCACUUCACCAACUUACUGAUCAAGAACCCCAUGCCGAAGCGUGCAAAGGGCCUGAAUCUGGAAGGUAACAGCUCGGGUACGAGCACGCCUACCUCUGAGAGUAAUAAGCUGGUGCUCACCCGGCAUGCGGCUGUGCUGGGACUUGGAGCGCUGGUGCAAGCGUUCCCGUAUACGUCACCGCCGCCUGAGUGGCUCCCCGAGGUCCUGGCAACCUUAGCUGGUAGGGCAGCGAGUGACCCAGGAACGGUGGGCAAGAGUGUCAAGACCAUCUUGAGCGAGUUCAAGAAGACAAGGCAGGACACUUGGCAGAUUGACAUGAAGGCAUUUACUCCGGAACAGCUUGAGGACUUGGAAGGUGUGUUGUGGAAGAGUUACUUCGCUUGAGCUCAAGGCUUGAACGGAGCUGCCUGCGUAUUCCGCAGUGGUGGAAGGCGUCAGUCCUGGUACAAUGUUGAUCACCUGCAGCGUUCAGCAUGCAUGGGAGGUGUCAACCGAGGCUCGAUGUGCCAUCGUAGUCUGGUGUGUAGACUACAUCAUUGUUUCAAUACAGCUCAGCAUAUGAUUCCCUUAGAAGAACAUGUUAUGCAAGAUGUGGCAAACUGCGUUUCAGAAUCGCUACUUUCACUAUACGCCGCCACAGU